UUCUCUUUCUUUCUCUGACAAAAUCACAAACCCACCUCGAGACCAUCAUCAUCUUCUUCAUUAACCCAAGAAAAAAAAACACAAUGAUCUCUUCAGUUAAACCUACUUCGUCUUCUUUCUCCACCGCCUUCUCCGGCAGGGUUAGGCGGUCAGUUCCGACUACUGAGCUAAAGUUUUCUCCUUUAGUCAAAAACUUCCAUAGCCAAAGCUUUAGCUCCAAUGUUGUCUCCCAUCAAAAGCCUCUACACAUAUCAUCUGCUUCGAAUUUCAAGCGUGGUGAGGUCAAAGUCCAAGCUUACGAGGCAGAUCGAUCUCGUCCGCUCGACAUUAACAUCGAGCUUCCCGACGAACAGUCCGCGCAGAAACUGAAAAUCGGAAUUUACUUCGCGACUUGGUGGGCACUUAACGUUGUUUUCAACAUCUACAACAAGAAAGUCCUCAAUGCUUUUCCUUACCCGUGGCUUACUUCGACGUUGUCUCUCGCUUGUGGCUCUCUUAUGAUGCUUGUUUCUUGGGCUACUAGAAUCGCAGAUGCUCCUAAAACUGAUGUUGAUUUCUGGAAAACUCUGUUUCCGGUCGCUGUAGCACACACGAUAGGACACGUUGCAGCAACAGUGAGUAUGUCAAAAGUAGCAGUUUCGUUCACACACAUCAUUAAAAGUGGUGAACCAGCGUUCACUGUCUUGGUCUCAAGACUCUUCAUGGGCGAAAGUUUCCCUCUUCCCGUCUAUCUCUCUCUCUUACCAAUCAUCGGAGGUUGUGCUCUCGCUGCUGUCACAGAGCUUAACUUCAACAUCACUGGGUUUAUGGGGGCAAUGAUAUCGAAUUUGGCGUUUGUGUUUCGGAAUAUCUUUUCGAAGAAAGGGAUGAAAGGGAACUCAGUGAGCGGAAUGAACUACUACGCUUGCUUAUCGAUGAUGUCUCUUUUGAUCCUCACUCCAUUUGCUAUUGCCGUCGAAGGUCCUCAAAUGUGGGCUGCUGGUUGGCAAAACGCGGUUUCUCAAGUCGGACCAAACUUUGUCUGGUGGGUAGUGGCACAAAGUGUGUUCUACCAUUUGUACAAUCAGGUCUCAUACAUGUCCCUAGACCAGAUUUCUCCCUUGACUUUCAGUAUCGGUAAUACGAUGAAGCGGAUUUCAGUCAUUGUUGCAUCGAUCAUCAUUUUCCAUACCCCGAUUCAACCGGUUAAUGCACUUGGUGCUGCCAUUGCCAUUCUUGGAACUUUCCUCUACUCACAGGCGAAGCAGUGAGGAUGGUUUAGGAGGCAACUUCUUGGGUUGAUCUUGAAAAGAAAAGAAAAA